AUACCAUAGAGUCCCUUUUUUAGAGAAUGUCAGCAUCUCGAGUGAAUUGUCUGCUAGUGCUUAGCUCUUCAAGUGAAGGUGUCUCCUCAGAAUCAUUUAGACAGGCUUAUAACUUGGCCAGCUCCAACUUCAAUAUCCAGGUAGCAUCACCUAAUGGGAAGAAUAUAGAGUUUAUUCAACAAGAUGACAACAAUAGAAGAUGGUUUAAUGAAUUUAGAAGUAAAUCGGUCUCCACACCAAUAGGCUUAGAGACUAUUGACCCGAACAGAUAUUCAGCAUUAUUGAUACCUGCUGCUCCUGGUGCUUUACAUGAUUUAACAAACAAUGAAGACUUAGCUGUCAUUAUUAGACAUUUUGUUAAAGAGAAAAAAUCAAUAUGUGCAAUAGGAUUGGGAGUAGCUGCUUUGUUUUGUGCAAAAGAAGAAAACAAACAAUGGUCCUUUGAAGAUUAUAGUUUAACAGGGCCAUCAGUAUAUGAACUAGCAAAAAGUGCUGAUUUCUCAUCAUUACCACUUAUAACAGAAGACACAAUAAAAGACCUUGGUGGAAAGUACAACUGUAGUGACUGUGAUGCAGUACAUGUGAUUAUAGACCGACAUCUUAUUACAGGACAGAACGAUCUCUCUACACUAACAGCAGUACAAAACUUAACAUUAAUGUGUGCUCAGAAGCAUGGUAGAACUUACACAGCACGAUGAAGAUUGGUGUUUGAUGUAUGCACAAUUAAUAUUAUCAUUUCUGUUGCUAUGCUCUGUGGCAUUCUGCAGAUAAAUAUUUAAAUUUGACUUUUUUUGUCCUUGUGUAAAUUGAAAAUUGAAAAAUAAACAUCAUAUUUCAAUAUUGUAAACUAUUUUAGGGAUGAUUUGCAAGUCUCAAUUUUUAUCCUUGUUGUUCAAGCUUUUUAGAAGGGAAAAUAUACUGUUUGCCUUAAAUUUAACAUUUUUGUUACGAUAUAUACUUUGAUGAAAGGAGAUGUUUCUUUUUUAAAUUGUGUAAUCUUACAUAAUUCUCAAAAGUGAUUAAGUUUAUUAUCUGUGAUCUAAAUACUCUUCCACCUCAUCUUACAUUUUAUAAUUAAAUAAGGGUAAGAUAUAACCUAUUGAGCUUAAAAUACAUAUGCUUUCAUAAUUUGAAAUGCUAUUACAGCUGAAAUGCGAUUUCAGGAAUUAAUCAAAAUAACAAUAAAUUGCAUUACGUCAGUCAGUUAAACCUUAUGUAUAUUAAACUUUGGAGACAAGCACAGUUAUGAUCAUUUUUUUCUACGGUAAAUUUCAACCAGAUAUGUUGUCAGAACAAUGUACUGAGUCAUUAUCAUGCAUAUUUUCCAAGUGUGCAAUUAAGGUUCCAUGGAGCUAACAAUUUUAAUAUUUUUUAUGAGUUUGCAUAUUUUUCAUGUUUUUUGGACAUAUGUUUCUUUCCUUUUAUUUUUUAAAGGUUUGAAAGUAAUAUAGAAAUUGAAUAUGACUUCCAAUACAAGUACAUUAAUGUGAAAACAAAGUCAGUGUUGACUUGCUAUUCCUACUGAAUCCCUUUAUAGCUUAAACACUAUGAUUAUAAAUAGAAUAAUAACUUAAGGCUACUAAGUUAUGUGUAUGUUUCUGAAUCCUUUAUAUUUGUUUCUAAUGUAUUAUAUAGUUAGGUGAUGAUUUAAUAUAUAUAUUUAAUAAUAAAAAGUAAUAGUAUU